UUCCUUGUCAGUUUUAUUUUUGUUGGUGUUGAUUUUUCAGAUCAAGAGCGAUUAUUGUUCGUCUUCGUAGUGUUCUUUUGAUUCCAGAUUCUGUUUUUGAUCUUUGAUUGAUGGAGUCGUUGAUUUUGAAGAACGGGAAACCGGGGACUCCGGUGAAGGAUCGGAGCAAGUUUCAGGCCAAGGUUCAAGAUACUUUCAGGUCGUCGGAGAAUUCGAACCCUAACAUUUCACACGCUAGUCCGGCUAAGUCUCCGCUCGUGAAAUCUGCUAAUUCGAAGAAGAAUAAUCAAAGUCCGAACCCGAAACCCAGCCAGGCGGUUUUCUCUCCCCGGAAUCGGAUCAGAGAGAGGAGAUUUGUUGUGGUGGCGAAGAAGAAUUCGAGGAAGGGGAACAAGGAUCCAGUGGCGACUGUUGCUGAGAUAGAUUGUAAAUGCGGAGAGAGGAAGAAAGGGAACAUGAAGUGCGUCUGUGUUGCAUACGAAACGCUGCGUGCAUCGCAAGAGGAGUUCUUCAAAGAAAGAAGUGAAUCGGAGGAGAAGCAAAAUGUUGGAAAUGUAGAUGAACUAGAAGGAGAAGAAUCUGAGAAAAUAGGCGUUUCUACAAUGAAGAGGCCAAGGGACAAGCCUGAAUCGAGUAAAGUGAUGAAUCUUGUAGAAGCAUUUGAGAAACUCACUUGCUUUACUCUUUCGCCAAAGAUAGAGAACAAGAAAGAAGAGGACCAAACCGGAGAGGAUAUAAAGAAGCCAGUGAAGUGGGAAUUGCCUGGAACGAGACAGCAAUCUAAGUUCUUGAAGGUAGAGAAAGAGCAAAACCCAUGGAGCUCUUCGUUUUGUCCAUCUGAAUUGGUCUUAACAGCUAAGAAUCUCGGGUUGGACCCGAAUGCCUCCAUUUCUUCGUCCUGGGACAGCAGUCACGGCAGUGUUUUGAGUGGGAAUUCAAAUGCUGGCAGGAGAAGCAGAAGAAACAGCUUGGACUCAUCGACUACAAUGGGAAGCAGACGAUCAAAGAAGAAGCAGGUUAAGGUCACUUCAUUGAAGCCGUUCAAACUUAGAACUGAGCAAAGAGGUAGAAUGAAAGAGGAAGAGUUUGCAAAGAAGCUUCAAGAAAUGACGAUGGAGGAAGAAAAGAUGAGAAUCCCCAUUGCUCAAGGUCUUCCUUGGACAACCGAUGAACCUGAGUGUCUGGUUAAGCCUCAUGUGAAAGAUAUCACAGUACCAGUCGACUUGACGCUACACUCAGAUGUCCGGGCAGUAGAACGCGCAGAAUUUGAUAAUCAGGUUGCCGAGAAGAUGAGGUUCAUUGAGCAAUACAAAAUGGAAAGAGAAAGACAACAGAUGAUGGCAGAGGAAGAGGAGAUUAGACGGUUGAGGAAGGAAUUGGUCCCAAAAGCGCAACCAAUGCCAUACUUUGAUCGGCCAUUCAUUCCAAGAACGAAAAAGACUGUUAGAUAUUGAUGGUAGAGAGACCAUUUGUUCUUCUUGAGAUUUUGGGUAGAUGAAAAUAAUUUUGGAGGAAUAGGAUUUGGUUAUCUCAUUUUGUUGAUAUUUUUCAUAAAAGAAACA